AUGUCUAGGGUGAAGGGCAGCACAAGGGAAAUCGUCGGGAGUCCUCAGUGGCCUGCGACAGAGACUAUCGAAGAGUCGGAAAUUCUGGAUGAGGCCGACCUCGUACCCAGUGCCCUGGACCAAACACCACCCAGUGCAGAUGAGCAGCGAUGGACUCGAUUGCCUGUCGCUGUGUUUGCGGCCCUGAUUUACUGGCCAAUCAUCAAACCUCUGGACGCCAUCUUGUCAAACCCGGUUCUUUUCGUGCUCCUCUUGAUCGUCUUUCUUUAUGGCUGUCUGCCGUUUAUGAUUACCUCGGGCUUUCUGUCCAGUGUCUUGGUUGGAAGGGAGACUAAGAUCCGUCCUCUUUGA